CUAGAUUUUUGAAAAAAUAUUGGUGUUUUCGAAAAGAGUUUAAAUGGCACAAUGAAUAAGACCUCGACGGAGAUUUCCAAGCUCCUCUAGUACCAAGGCGAGCGCGCUUUCGCUUUAGCCAGAUUCAUUGUUGAACAAACAGUCAACAAACUACUAGUUUUUACGAAAAGCCUCGUCAAGUAAAUACCGGUGUGAAUAUCAGCAAGGAGCUUCAGCAUCGACUUUUAAAGAUAUGAUCGAGAAAGAGGUAAUUCAAAAGAUGCCGAAGUGGGCCAGAGGCUGAGUCUGACAAGAUCAGGACACUAACAGACACCCUGGUGCUGGCUGCUUCGGCUGUGCUGCAAUGAUUGCAGAAAACGAAUAUCGCACAAGAAAGAAAACCUUGCUACGCACUAGCAUUUCAUCCAGUGUCGCGCCGUAUUCAGUGAGCAAGAGCUGAGCCGCCUUCUGCAACGUCCGCCUCGUAAGUAGUUUCUUCAACAUUCCGGAACCCGUUUUCGAUUUGGCUCGGGGUCACAAGAUUUUUGAACCUGCUCCAGGAAAAGGCUCAGCACCACGCUGUAAGGCGCCGUCAUCGAAGCGCAACAAUCCGAACUCGAGUAGUUCAAGAACUUCUUGCGACGUCCAUUCAUAAGUACAAGAACUUGGGUACUACUACUACCACCACGAGCGGGUUAGAAGUUCUUGCAGAAAGAAGAUGGAAAUUCUCGUUUUUCUUUUGGGUAACCUCUGCUGCUCAGCAGCUGGAGCCUUGUUACUCUAUCAAGUUUUGGGCCAAGGUAUGGAUGCCUCAAGAGAUUUACACAUAUCAGCAGACCUACAGUACAUGCUGUGCCUCGGGAGUAUAGCGCGGGUCUACUGGUCGCUAUCUCCGCCAGAGAUAUGGUAUAUGAAAGUCAUCUUUGUGAUUUCAUGAUUGAAGAUGAUAGUGAGGCUGAUACUGAAGGUUGAAAAAUUCAAUUUGAUGGUGCGACAGAAGAGGCAGUCGCGAAAUACGAAAAUACAGGAAUAGAUAUGUGAAUAGAUGCUGACUCAUGAUGUAUGAAGAACGAGAUUUUUCAUUUUUGCAGAGUAGAGAUGAUCCCCUCCUGAUGUGCGUUGCUCAGGUCAGAGGAGCCGUAUUUGACCCAGUGGACGUGCGUCAUUGAUUUGACAGCAGGGGCGCUCGUUUGGACCAUGUGUGCAGUACUUUCCAUUCCCCAGGUUGACGCGUGGUUAGCGACUAUUCGACAGCAGCGAAGAAAAAAGAUGGACGACGAUUUUAGUAAGCAAUUCCUUACUUUCUAAUUGCUACUGAUAGUGUUUGUUUCGAUUCGGGACUCGUGAAAUUAUGUAUCAGUCUACUUAUUUACAAGUGGGACCACCCGUGAAAUUAUGUUCCACGACUUGGAUCAUGAUCAAUCUUUGAUGUCGUACACCAUGCUUAGAGAAGAAUGAAUGAACUUGUACCAGUCAUUCCCGCUACACUUUCAGCUUCUUUAUUUGAUAAAUCACUAGUGACGUGCGGCCUUCAUGUGGUGGAUGCGUAGCCUAUACCUUAAGCACUUUAAUUAUCUCGUAUGAGCGUGUGGGCCCUUAACUACUUUGCUGCUCCGAUACGUUCCGGUGUAAAAAAAAACUGGAGAGCAUUGUAGACGUUUCCGGUUCGAGAUGAUUAAUCAGACUAGAUCGGUAGUUGAUAGCUGUCUUACCUGUGUCAUCGGUUUCGAUUUUGUGACAUCUCAAAUUUUUACCAUACUGUUGCUUAACAAAUCAUUAGUUGCACGACCCAAGUACACCUUUUCUUCUUCCAAAUCCAUUCAACAGUAUUGGAUGAGCACACGCUAGUAAAGAAGCCGGAGAAGAUGAAUCCACUUUAUCACAAUUGGGCUUUCCUGACUGCUGGGUGCGCGGUCGGAGCAUAUCUUGCGACGCAUCUUUUACCAUCUCUAGCUGUCGAGGGCGCUUGGCCAUUAGUGGACUGGGCAGUACUUCAAUAUAGCCGCUUUGAGCUUUUCAUGAAAGGUGGUUGUGCGUUUUCCCUCGAUGAUUUCGUGUACCUUCCUUACGCAAUCUAUCAUGUUUCCUGGACUGUAAGAAUGUUGGUUAACACUCAAGAUUUUCAUUCUCUCACAUUCUUUCAGGUGGUCUUUAAUAUGCUUGUCGACGGUCUCGCAAUGGUACCACAGUGUGCCCUCAUAGCGAGUCGACAGGACAAGACGCCGCAGUUUUGUUCGCAUUUUGUAGGACUGCUAUGCACAGGUAUAAUAAUGAAAUUGAAAUUGUGUUUUUAUAUAUGCCUAUGCUUAGUGCUUCUACUUUUCGGAAAUCGACAUCAACGAACUCCUUACGAAAAAGUUCAACGUGACUAGGAUACUCCUUGAAAAAAGUAAAGGCUGACUCUGCCUGUCAAGUCGGAACGUCCACGCCCAUUUCAUUUCAAAUCCAGCACGCGUCUUGCGAAUGCUUUUCUGGGUUUGGCUCGUAUUGCACCCACAGUCUGGACACGCGUUAUGGACCUUCGUGAUUCCAGAUUUGGUCCAUACUAUAGCAUUGGCAGAUUUCCUCUGCAUGUUCCUGCGCAAAAUUAAGGACGAUUCUGUUGACAUCUACAACUCCUUCACAAGUCCCGUCGUGCAGGUGUAGGAGAAUUCCGCGCGAGACGAUUCUUCAACCACAACUACUUGUAAUGUUAUUCACACUCUAGUAUUAUUUUUGCGAUGAUUUUGGGGAUUCAGUCUGAUGUAAAUCAAUACUUAUUCUGCUGGGGGUGGCUGUAUUCUGUUUCUUGGUGGACGGCCGAAAGAACAAGAACGGGACUUCACCGAGAUUGUGGCCGUUUCCUGACAGGGCUGCUGCAAAAGACUCCUUCUGUACAUAAUGAACUCUCUUCUCUAGGAAAGCGCAUAGUUUUUUUAGCUUUACCAACCGUUCCUCCCAACCCACCCUUAUUAGAUUUCUGAUAAUGCACAACUUUCUCCGAACAGCGGUCCCCUCAUCUUGUUGUUUCCUAGAAAACACGAGUUCCUUCGCUCGAUUGGAGAUGCCUCGUCACGCCGAAUUGCGC